AAGAACACAUUGAUUAUGAGGAGACAAAACAUUCAACAACAACAAAAACGGGUCACAGGGAGACUUAAAACAAAGUGUAAAAGGAUCAUGGGCGACUAUGUCAACUGCGACUCAUCAGAAGAAACAACUUUCAAGGACUCCACUUUAACGGACGUUGGUGUUGAACUGGGCACCAAUUCUGACACCACCAGACGUGUGCGCGGUGUGCGAUUCCUAGCCGAGUUAACAAUUAGCAUAAAUCACACCAGUGACUCGUCACCGACCGUGCACUCGACUUGCGAGGAGCCGAGUCGACGUGCUCCGCCGGUGGUCGGCCCGGCCGGCAGUAGUUUCUACGGCAAGGAGCAGAGAACAUGCGACCGAGACCAAGGCAUGAGCCGUGAGCCAGUGCAAUUUCAACGGUGGAGGACGGACAGAAGAGAGCGGGAAGCAAAAAUGGAACAGAAUAUUAAAUGGCUGAGGGAGGAAAUCGGCAAAUUAAAGGAGCAGGAUCAAUCCCUGAUGCGGCAGUUCCUCCAACUCCGGUCGGUCAUCUACCAACUUAAGAGCACCAUGAAAGCAGCCAACAAGGGUGCCGUGACAAAGCUCCCACGCAUCGCAGCGUCCACGGACUCCUUGGUCCGGGCUAGCCACUCGGACACCGAAGUUCUCGUCGCUCGGCUAGCUGCAGACACCGAAGAAGAAUCAUUCGAUGAUGAUGAUUUAAACGAGAUGGAUGACUCGAUGGGGCUGAUGGAGGAGUCGUACCUACCGGAGUUUAGGAACAGGACUGUGUCCCUGAUGGACCCGAGUAAGAUGGGGAAGGGAAGGGGAGUGGGUGCCGCUGAGUGUGGAGGGUAUGGAUACCUCAAAACACGGACGAUGUCGUUCUCGGUCGGUGCUUCGGCACGGGAGCUGGAUCGGGCAAUAAUUGAGUGAAAAGGUGUCUUCCUAAACACAUGAUAUCUAUGGGAAGAAACUUUCAAUAUUAAUAGUAAACUUGCGGGUACAACCAUGUGUACAUCUCUCUUGUGGGAGUGAUGGCUCUGAAAAGAGCCAAUGUGGUCUCGCCACUGUUUCGAACAGUGUACUCUGCUCUUGAAGAAUUAUUGAUAUCUACUUGUCAACGUAUUGUGAUGGUAUCGACGGAUCACAGUGUGUGUGUCGUCAGUGUUAAAACACUUUAAGAAGUUGUGGUUUUAAGACUGACAUUAUGUGGUUGUGAAUAAGAGACAUAAAAAAGACAACAACACAAUCUAAAUAGAGAUGGGCUAAACACACUGCCCGAAGAAAAGACAAUAGAUGAACAACAAGAAUAAUGGAUCGUCAACCAAGGACAGGGAAAA